UCUAAUCAUAUGAGUAGUCAUUGAUAUUAUAAGUGAAUAAAUGUAUUAUUAGUAUAGACUUUGAGUGACUCAACAAUAAUUCAGUCAAUUCUAGACAUUACUCGUCAUUAAACCGACACUUGUUUUGUACAUCACUUGUGGUCACUAUUAGUAUCAUCUUUGGUGAGGAUCUGUUUAAAGUUAAGACUAAAGCAUUGAAAGUGAAGUAAUGAGUGAUAAAAAGGCAAAUCCCGAAGAUUUAGCGACUGCUAUAUUGAAGACGAAACAGAAGCCAAAUCGGCUUUUGGUUGAAGAAGCGGCCAAUGAUGACAACUCUGUGGUGGCCUUAUCUCAGUCAAAGAUGGAUGAAUUGCAACUCUUUAGAGGGGAUACCGUACUCUUAAAGGGUAAGAAACGGCGGGAAACAGUAUGUAUAGUGUUGUCGGACGACUCGUGUCCUAAUGAGAAGAUCCGAAUGAAUCGAUGCAUUCGUAAUAAUCUUCGCGUCCGUUUGGGAGAUGUUGUAAGUGUUCAGCCGUGUCCUGACGUUAAGUACGGCAAACGCAUUCAUGUCCUUCCAAUCGACGACACGGUUGAAGGCCUUACCGGCAGUAUAUUUGAUGUCUAUUUAAGGCCAUAUUUUCUUGAAGCUUAUCGACCCAUACAUAAAGGCGAUCUCUUUAUAGUAAGAGGAGGCAUGAGAGCUAUCGAGUUUAAGGUGGUAGAGACUGAUCCGUCACCAUUUUGUAUUGUGGCUCCCGAUACUGUAAUUCAUUGUGAGGGUGAGCCUAUCAAACGAGAGGAAGAAGAGGAUUCACUUAAUUCUGUUGGAUACGAUGACAUCGGUGGUUGUCGUAAGCAAUUGGCACAAAUCAAGGAAAUGGUUGAAUUACCACUUCGUCAUCCGAGUCUAUUUAAAGCUAUUGGUGUAAAGCCUCCCCGGGGUAUUUUAUUAUAUGGACCACCCGGUACUGGCAAAACAUUGAUUGCCAGAGCUGUGGCCAAUGAGACGGGUGCUUUCUUUUUUCUGAUCAAUGGUCCCGAAAUUAUGUCUAAAUUGGCCGGAGAGUCGGAAAGCAAUUUACGAAAAGCUUUUGAAGAAGCAGAAAAGAAUUCACCGGCAAUUAUAUUCAUCGACGAAUUGGAUGCAAUCGCACCAAAACGAGAGAAGACUCACGGAGAAGUUGAGAGACGUAUUGUUUCUCAACUGUUAACACUUAUGGACGGACUUAAACAAAGAUCGCAUGUUAUAGUUAUGGCGGCCACCAAUCGACCAAAUAGUAUCGAUGCGGCCUUACGAAGAUUCGGUCGUUUUGAUCGUGAAGUCGAUAUAGGAAUACCUGACGCAACCGGAAGACUAGAGAUAUUACGUAUUCACACAAAGAACAUGAAACUCGCAGAUGACGUGGAUUUGGAGCGAAUGGCUGCUGAAACUCAUGGCUUUGUUGGCGCAGAUUUAGCUGCUCUUUGUUCUGAAGCGGCUUUGCAACAGAUUCGCGAAAAAAUGGAUUUAAUAGAUUUAGAAGACGACCAAAUCGAUGCAGAAGUUCUUAACUCUUUGGCCGUUACAAUGGAUAACUUCCGUUGGGCUCUUGGAAAGAGUAGUCCAUCUGCUUUAAGAGAAACUGUUGUAGAAGUACCGAACGUGACCUGGGAAGACAUCGGUGGUCUCCUUAAUGUCAAGAAAGAACUACAAGAGAUGAUUCAAUAUCCCGUGGAAUAUCCCGACAAAUUCCUAAAGUUUGGAAUGACUCCAUCAAGAGGUGUACUAUUUUAUGGUCCGCCUGGUUGUGGUAAAACACUUUUGGCUAAAGCAAUUGCAAAUGAAUGCCAAGCGAACUUCAUAUCAAUCAAAGGCCCGGAACUGUUGACAAUGUGGUUUGGAGAGAGUGAAGCCAAUGUUCGCGAUGUUUUUGAUAAGGCACGAGCAGCUGCUCCCUGUGUGUUGUUCUUCGAUGAGUUGGACUCAAUAGCCAAAGCUCGAGGAGGAAGUGUUGGAGACGCCGGUGGAGCUGCCGAUCGAGUUAUUAAUCAAAUUCUUACUGAAAUGGAUGGUAUGAGUAGUAAGAAGAAUGUCUUCAUUAUUGGAGCAACCAAUAGGCCAGAUAUCAUUGAUCCCGCAAUUUUAAGACCCGGACGUUUGGAUCAAUUGAUAUAUAUUCCUCUUCCCGAUGAGGCCUCAAGAGAAUCAAUUCUUAAGGCGAACCUUCGUAAGUCUCCAUUGGCUAAUGACGUGGAUUUGCAGUAUAUGGCCAAAGUGUCGCAUGGAUUCAGUGGCGCUGAUCUAACAGAGAUUUGUCAGCGCGCCUGCAAACUGGCUAUUAGAGAGUCUAUUGAAUUGGAAAUUAAGAGAGAGAAGGAAAGGGCUGACAAACCCGAUGCGGCCGCUAUGGAAGUGGAAGAGACAGAUCCAGUUCCCGAAAUCACUCGCAAUCACUUUGAAGAGUCUAUGAAGUUUGCUCGUCGUUCCGUCAGUGAUGCAGACAUCAGAAAAUAUGAAAUGUUUUCUCAAACUCUGCAACAAAGUCGAGGAUUUGGAACUAAUUUCAGAUUCCCUCAAUCGGGUUCUGCUAAUCCUUCCAAUGAGUUCGCACCCGAAGGUGAUGACGACGAUCUCUACAGUUAAACCUAACCGUUAGACUUAGAUUUUAGUGACAAUGUUUUUAUUCAUAUGAUUGGAAACAAAUUCACUGUUCAUUUAAUUAUUAAUUUUUUAUAUAAACUUCUUUAUAAUUAAUACUAUAUUCAAAAUCGUACCAUUCAAGUGU